AUGUCUCUGUCCCCGUCCCGCAGUCUGCCGGCGGUCUCCGCUACUGCGGCCGAUCAACCUCACCGGAAGCGGAUCCGGCUUUCACUUGCUUGUAACCAGUGUCGCAAGCGCAAGGUUAGAUGUGAUACAACUCUUCCCAAGUGUCGCAAUUGCAUCUUGCGCAAUGAGGACUGUCAAACCACAGACCCGCGCAACCCGACCAAAGGGCUGAGCGUGCGGACCUGGGCUACCAAGGAUGGCAGUGGCCCUGGUGACUGGGAUAGAGACCGACGAAUGUCUCAUUUCGGCGCCGGAUCUCAGACGUCCGGGACCGGUCCGGGUGCGGGUACGCCACCGGAGUCCAGCCUCUCAGAUCUGUCGCCACGCCCGCACCGGCGCGCUUCAAUCGCGGGCGGUGGGGAAAAAGGAACUUCGUGGCAGGAGAGGGCAUAUCGUGAGAACACGAUGGGAAACGGAGCGAACCCUCUGCCAGCCUCAACUCCCGAUCUAGUGGUUAACACAGAUGACACUGCUUACAGGGUAAAGUUUCUCGGUGGGAGCAGUAUUCAGUGCCUCUGCCGAUUUGUAGAUCUGCACCUCGCCCACAGGGGUUUAGAGCCAGCCAGUGGACGGUUCAAGCAUGGAAUGCGCCAGAGCGAGGAGAUGUCCCUGCCCCUUACCCUGUCCCUGCCGGAGCUACCAGCUGUUGAAGAGCUCAAAGUAUACGUCGACGCCUUCUUCGACAGAGUAUGGCCACUUUUUCCAGUGGUAGACUGUGAUGCUGUGCAGGCUGAGAUCGACAACAUUCUGGAUAUUCAGAUCAAGCAUCCAGGGUCGCUCGCAAGUCGCCUCGCGCCUACAAGCAUACCAAUGCUGGCCAUCGUGUAUGCUAUAGUCUGUAUCGGGGCCGACGAAACGUCACGGCAACUAUCAGAUUUGAGUACCCGCUUCCUCACUGGGGCCUACUCGCUGAUUGCCCAUCUUAUUGCAAUCCCAUACCUGACAAGCGUCCAGGCGUUAUUUCUCAUCUCCCUCGCGCUACGAGGCCAAGUCAAGGACGGACAGGCAUGGCAUGUCCUGGGGCAGGCAAUCAGGACGGCGCACUCUAUUGGCCUACACAAGCAGGUUAUGCGCAGAGGUGAAGGUGCGGGCGAGGCAUCACAAGGAUAUCGCACCGAUGCUCAGCUGCAUCAAAGAAUUUGGUGGUCGCUCUAUGCCCUCGAGAAACUGACCCAGCUCGAGUGCGGGCGGCCGUCUACGAUUUGUGACCAUGAUGAAGACCAGGUGCCUAUGGUCCCCACGGUGUUUGCGCCGAACGCGAGGGUCGACAUCUUUACGGCCUGGGUCUCGCUUGCAUGUAUCAUGGGGCAGAUCUCGGAUCAUAUCUACUCGCGUAAGCCCGAGAGCUCCCUGGACCUCUUCAGCAAGACAGCGAGCCUAGACAAGGCGCUCGUUGAGUGGGAACGAUCCUUACCGGAUCAUCUGAAGCAAGGUCAGAGUGCUGGCGGCAACAUAGGCGAGCGCCCGGGUGAUGGGGUACAGACGCAGUCUUUGCAUUUGUCCAGCUUCCUGGCCUUGCAAUUUCAUUUCGCGCAUAUAACGCUCCUCCGCGUUGCCAUAAUAUUCCCACACAAUAGCUACGUGAACGAGGUCUCACGGCAUGCGGCUCUCCUCAACUCCACCAGCGCCUCUGGGGGACCGUCGUCUUCAAGCUACACCCGGCUUCAAAACGGCGCCAUGAUUUGUGCCUCCGCGGCCCGGGCAACCAUCACCCAGACUCUUCACCUAGCAGACCAAGGUGUGCGGUCUCCCGCGAUCCUCGGGGCCACACCUCCUUUCUUGGCUGCCAACAUUCUGGCUCUGACCAUCCUCCGCCAGCCUGCCCGCCGCCUCGCUAGAGCCGAUCUUGAGCUCCUCAAUUUGGCCACCGAGCACGUCGAGGAUCACUUCUCGCGCUGGGUCAGAGGCCGCGAUGCGGAGUCCUUCGUGGAGGGCUGUGCCGUCCUGAGAGACCGCAUCGGCGAGGCUUUUGCCAAGUACCAUGCCAGCCCUAGUGGCAGUGUCGGCGUCGUGGGCGGUCAGGGGCCUGCGGCAACACCGCUGACGGCAGAUACUGCCGGCACAGGGAGCGGUGACGCCUACGCCCGGAACGGCGAGCCGGUGCAAGAUGGGAUCAGUCAGCAAGAGGUGCUGCCAGGUGGUGGUUCCACGGCAACGGCCUUCCCAUCCACCGUGACCACAUCGCACGGAGCUAGCGGUGUUGAUGAACUGCCGUCCGAGCUGUUCGAGGACCUUCAGUUCGAUGAGCUGUGGGGCAUGAUGGGAGAUGAUUUCCUCAUAGGAACUGAGCAGAUUUACCUCUCCUGA